CAGGCGAGGAGGGGGAGGAGCAAAUUAAUAUCCGCGCAAAUUGGUAUAAAAGGCGAAGCGAUUGCCACCUUUUCCCCCCUCGUUGCCGCCUAGAUACAAGCACCCAACCAACGACUGGAACCGAAGGUAGGAAUAUUGAAGACAGACAACGUGUACAUUGUUGUCGUAUCGUAUUCCUCAUUCCAGUUUAAACUAUCUCUCUGAAACAAGCGCUUUUUGAAGCACACUACAACACUAUCGAACCUUUCUUUUAAGAAGAAGCCAAUCAUGAAGACCGCAUUUUUACUCCCAGUGUCCGUCUUGCUCUCCAUUGCAAACGCACUCGUCAUUCCAGGCAUCUCUAACCAAGAUGUCUUUUCCAUCCAAGGCGCUGGCAACAACGCUGCUGCCCGUGUCGAGUCGGUUGCCGCUGAACAAGCCAUUGCUGCCGCUGUGGACACCUCUUUGCUCCGUGAACAACUUUUGCCACUGGAGGCUGCAGCUGAGCUAAUCUCCACAGAGUCUGCUGGCCGUAACAUAAUUCCUCACAGAUACAUUAUUGUCUUCAAGGAGGGUGUCAAGCCAGAGGAGGCGAACUUCCAUAUGCAGUGGGUUGCUGCUGAGCACCUCACUGCUGCCCAAGCUUUACAAAAGGCCGACCCUACAAGCGCAUUUUUCCAAGAGUUGCAAGAGCAAUCCGUUGGUUCUGCUCUUGGUGGUAUCUUGGAUGGCUUCUCCAUUGACAACUUGAUGUCUGGAUACUUUGGUUACUUUUUGGAUGACACUAUUGAGCUUAUCCGUCGUAACCCAAUGGUUAAAUUUGUGGAGAAGGACUCCAGAGUCUUCGCCUCUGAAUUUGACACCCAAAAUGGUGCACCAUGGGGUUUGUCCAGAAUCUCUCACCGUGAACCACUUUCAUUGGGAUCUUUUAACAAGUACUUGUACGAUAGCGACGCUGGUGAAGGUGUCACCUCUUACGUUAUUGACACCGGUGUCAACAUUGCUCACAAGGAGUUUGAAGGUCGUGCUAAGUGGGGUUCAACUAUCCCAUCUGGUGAUGAAGAUGUCGAUGGUAACGGUCACGGUACCCACUGUGCCGGUACCAUUGCUUCUAAGCACUAUGGUGUUGCAAAGAAGGCUGAUAUUGUUGCCGUUAAGGUUUUGAGAUCUAACGGUUCCGGUACCAUGUCUGAUGUCGUUAAGGGUGUUGAGUAUGCUGCUAAUGCACACGCAAAGGCUGUUAAAGACAACAAGAAAGGAUUCAAGGGUUCCACUGCAAACAUGUCCCUUGGUGGUGGUAAGUCACCAGCUUUGGACUUGGCUGUCAACGCUGCAGUCACUGCCGGCAUCCAUUUUGCCGUUGCUGCUGGUAACGACAACGCUGAUGCUUGUAACUACUCCCCAGCUGCCGCUGAGAAGGCUGUUACCGUCGGUGCCUCCACUUUAUCGGACACCAGAGCUUACUUCUCCAACUAUGGUAAGUGUGUUGAUAUUUUUGGCCCAGGUCUUAACAUCUUGUCUACCUACAUUGGCUCAGAAACUGCCACUGCUACUUUGUCUGGUACAUCCAUGGCUUCUCCACACGUUGCUGGUUUGUUGUCAUACUACUUGUCUUUGCAACCAGGCUCAGAUUCUGAGUUCUUCACUGCUAAAGGUGGUAUCUCCCCAGCACAAUUGAAGAAGAAGAUCAUCGAGUACUCUACAAAGGACGUUUUGGAUGACAUUCCAGAGGACACUCCAAACUACUUGAUCUACAACGGUGCCGGUGGUAACUUGACCAAGUUCUGGGGUACUGAGGAGUCAUCUGUCGAAUCUGAAUCCUCCAGUGACUUGAAAACCUCCCUUCAAGGCUUGGAGUCUCGUCUGGAAGCCUUGGCCGAUGACCUCAAGGAACUCGUUGGUUUCUAAACCGUCAACGUGAUUCCUAGUGAAGAUACUACACAUUUUCAAUUCUCUGGAGGAUAUCUAGCGCUCGGGUUUCCAUCCAUAAUUUCUUUUUGUUGCUUUUUUGGCUUUUCAUGACAUUGGAGUUCUUUGGUAUGAAGAACAUUGUCGAUGUAGACGACAUCUAUCGGACAAGUUGUAUACAGACCACCUCUUAUAAUUAUACGCCUGC